CGGGGGAACGUGCCAGAAGCACCCGAGCCGCCUGGUGCAGCUCUACUGCCGCAUGUGCCGCCAGGCGGGCUGCGGGCAGUGCGUGUCCGAGGAGCACCAGGGCAUCUUCCACUCCGUCAACCUCAUCGACACGGUGUACCAGGAGGAGAAGUUGACCUUCUUCAGCAGUCUGAAGAAACUGAGAAUAAUCAAUGAGAAGCUGACAAAUGAAAUCUCAAGUCAUCCAAAUGACACAGACGUAAUGCUGAACAAUGAAGCAGAGGUAAUUGCCCUGGAAUUUGGAGAGAUAUUCAAGACUCUGGAAACAAAGAAAAAACAAUUACUGGAAGAUGUUGAAAGCCAAAGAAGUAAAAAAGAGAAAGAAUUUCAGAUUUGGAAGAAAAUGAAGGAGACUCACAAGAAAACCAUUGAGAAUUUUCUGAAAGAUUGUGAAAAGCUUGUUCAUGAAUGUGAUCCCCAGUGUUUCCUGGAGGUGGCCUGUGGCUUGAAUACAAGAAUGAAAACUCAGCUUGACCUGAUGAACAUAUCAUCCAGCUAUGAGAAACCACCACAGUAUGUCCAAAAGAAAAUGGAUAUCCAACCUGUGGUCAAUGAAAUCUUGGCCUUGAAGUUAAUACCUGUUAAUGUAGGUGUAGUUAAAGAUCUACCUUCUGUAGGAAAUGAGAACUCAGCCAGCGGUUCUGUAUUUAAAAGUAACGUCAAGCAAUGGAAAGACCAGAAAAGUACCCCCAGCACCUUUCGUCCAGUAGCAGGACAGGAGGAAGCACUUGCAGACGGUGCUCGGAUCUGUACCCGCCUCAUGUCAAUAUCGGAAAUGUCAGCGUUUCAAAAUAUGAGCCAUGAGGAGCUACGUUAUAAAUACUACAUGGAACAUCAGAAGCUACCUCAUGAGCUCAAGACACAAACUCUGGCUGCAAAUAAAAUGUAUAAACGUGGAACUACAGAGGUUACAGAGGCUUUGAAGAAUAAGUCCUCAGGAGUUCCUCUUGUAUCUGCACCUUCUAGGACAAAUAAUCCAGAGAGAGUAAAAAUGGGAAGCUUGCAAAGAGCAGAUGGGCUUGAUGAGAUGAGCUUUGCCAGUCCUGGCAGUCACAGCAUUCCAUUCGCACACUUGAAUUCCUCCGAAACACAUAGUGACUUCAAAUUUCUUCAUGAAAAGAGGCCCCAGGAAAUAAGCACAUUGGCCUUCUCAGAGAACAGCUUAGAAAUUAAACAAAAAAUGCCAGUGCAGUCAUCAGCUGUUACAGUUUCCUAUGGAAUGGAUGCAAAUUCCAGCACUUCAUCUGCUUUAAAACAACCAGCAUCGGUACCUGCUACUCCUUCAGGUUUAGCAUUUACUUCAGAUACUUCUGCAGAGAGAGGUUCUGUCUCGCCUUUUGCUUUUGGUGCAUGUAACAACUCCUUACCCAGAGUUAUUAAAGACACAGCUACAGUUUCUUUUACAAAGAAAGACAGUAAAUCUGUUUUUCCUACAUUUUAUCUAGGAAAAUGUGAUGCUGAGGAUAAAACAGAUGACCAGGAUGAAGCCAGGUUUUCAAAACUUAGUUGGGUAAUGAGAACUACUGCUUCUGAUGCUUCAACCAGUUCUAACCUAGGAUCAUCAGAAAGUGAGAAACCUGUUUUUUCAUUUGCCUUUGGCAAUUUGGGAAGAGAUUGUUUCACGGUACCCGGAGCCAGCAAUUCCUUUAAGGUUUUAUCGCUACCCUCCUUUUUUAACCAAGCGGAGAAGCCGUGUGACCACAGUGCAACACCUCACCCAGGAGAAAAUACUGUUUCUGCAAGCCAAGUUGUAGAAAACUCUGUGCCCAAUCCAUCUGCCUCACUGGAACAAGCUGCUGACACCUCGGAAGCCGUCGCUGCUGUAGCUGGUAGUACUGCAGAAGCCAGCGCUGGAGCAGGGAGGACCGAUGUUCCUGAGACCUCCCUUCACCACGGCAGUUACGUGUUUUCCUUUGCCAAAAACUGCUUUCAGCUGCCCUCGCCAGUGUUUUCGUUCGGAAGCGUUGUCAAGAAUACCUCUGAUUCAGUGACUUCCUCCUCGGUGCUUUUCUCUAGGAUUGGCACUAAAAAAAAUGAAAAAAAGAAAACGGAAUCUCCUGACAAAACACUCUUAAGUGCAGGAAAGUCAGUGCCCCCGGAGUGUACAGAGAGUCACCCCAAAUGUGCAGAUUCCUUUCUUCCCACCUCCUUGCCUGAGAAGGUUGAAAACGAAAAAGCCAAUGCUGACCGUAAUCCUUCUAGUCAGCCCUUGUGUUCAGCUGCCGUUCCUGUUAAAGAAGAGGCGGCCUCUUUCGCUCAACUUACUGUAUUGCCAAAAGAAGAAAUAAAGGUAAAAGAUGAAGAAGACAGAGGUAUUGGUGAGAGCAGCUGUUGCUGUGCCGGCACGGAGGAGGCCGCUGAGGCUGGGCUGCUCCAGGAGGAGGGCUGCUCCGUUCCCGAGCCGCGCAGCACGGGCCUUGCGGGGGGCUCUGCGGCCGAGGCCGGCGGAGUAGCGAGUGACACCGACUCGGACACCGAGGAGCUGAGCCAGGCCUCCUCCUCUAGUGACAACAGCAGCGCCUCGGAGUACUUCUCUGUUGCAGAAGACAAAAUAUCUCCUAGAGGAAAACCAGAGACAUGA